CUUACAAGUGUCUCCCACAGAUGUCGGUAGCAGUUUGUGACAUGUUCAUGGUUGACAAAUCAGUGAUGUUGACAAGUGGACAUCAAUCAGCUGAUUUUCAUUUUUAUAGGUUAUGUUUAUGUUUUGAUAAUAUUCACUAUUAUUUAUAUUUUAAAUGUUUUCUGAAAAAAUUAAGGCCAUUUUAGCUCUCCUUCUCCACAGUUAGUUGUAUAACACAUGUUCGAUGCAAAACCGUUCAUAAUAAAUAAUGGGCUCCCUAAAAUCACCAGCCUCGAGUUAUAAGAACUCCCAGAGUUGGACCGACGAUCUUCCUAUAUGCAAAAACACAGGAAUAGGUUUCUCCACGAACCAGAUUUACAGAGAAGAUGGUAACCCCCAAGAGGAACACCCAUAUGAGGACUACAGUUGUCAUUUUAAGUUCAAUGAUAAGUUCUAUUGUUUUGAAGAAAUACUCUUAUAGGUAUGCAGUAUUUGAUGGCCAUGAAGGUAAGAGAGCAGCUGAUUUUUGUUCACAAAGAAUGACAGCAGAAAUCUACUUCUCACACCUGAGUGAGAAAAAGACAGAUGAAGAAGUUAAGGAACUGUUAAGACAAGCUUUCAUUACUGUUGAGAAAGGCUACAUGGAAACAUUAGAAGAUCUGCUAGCAGAGAGAACUAGUCUAAUGUAUGAUAUUCCUGAAGGACUAAACUCCUAUGAAGCAUACCAGAAAGUUCCAGAAGUAGUAGAAGGUAUAAACCGCAUCAACUGUGAACUUUCCUCGGGUACAGCAGCCGCAGUAGCUCUGAUAUGCAAUGACAAGCUCUACGUGGCCAACGUUGGAAACUCGAGAGUGCUGCUCUGUCAAACUGAUACGAAUUCAGUAAUGAAGGUUGUACAAUUGAGUAUUGAUCAUGAUCUUACUAAUGAUGAUGAACUGCUGAGGCUGUCGCAGAUUGGAAUCAAUACUGGCAGCUUGAGAAGGAGUACAAGACUUGGCAAUCAAGAAAACACUCGCUGUCUAGGCAACUAUACAGUGAAAGCCGGUUAUAAAGACUUCGAAGAUCUUGCUGUUGCAUGUCAAGAGCCAAUCAUAUCAGAACCUGACAUCCACGGCGGGAUCAGACUUGAUGAAUCGAGUCGGUUUCUGUUACUAAUGUCAGCAGGACUGUACAAGUCGAUCGAGGAGGCCAUUGGAACCGAUCAAGUUAACAAAUACAUCGCGCAGAUUGUUGUUGAACAGUUUCGUGAGCAGGCAACUUUGACAGGAGUUGCACAAGCGGUGGUAGACAGAGCAGUUCGACUACACCAUGACUGGUACAUGUCGAAUUCAUUGAGCCAUCCAUGUACUCCGAAACGGGAAGACAUCACGCUGGUAUUGCGUAAUUUCAACUAUCCGAUGCCGAAUGCCAUUACUUCGCCAUCUAAACCAACGGUUACUUUUAACCCUGUCAUCGAGAGAAAUAGUAUGUCUGAUGACAGUACACUUGAUGGAAAGAACACUGGCACAGUAAACAGUUAUAUGCCAACUAACACAACUACCACUACUUGUUCUGAAAGGACUGAAACUGAUGACGGUGUAGGCGCAGAUCAAAAAAUUGAAGCUUAUGUAGACUUCUCCGAUUUUUAUAGAAAUUACGAGGAAAUGAAAAGGAAGGGAACCUUACCUGAAGGGCUUGAAAAUUUCUGAUUGGUCAAGCUGGUUACUUUUCUAUUGUGAUUGUGUGAUAAUUGAAAUUUUAACAUGUAUUAUAAAGGUUUUUAAUUAAAAUUUUUAACAGUUGAAACA